CCGUCAGGCAUUGCGGCUGGGUUCUCCCACCUUGACCAUCGGAUCCGAGAGAGGUCGGGGGAGAGAACAGCAAUGGCGGCCGGUUAGCUCUAUACACAAACACCAAGUCCCCAAUCAGCCGCGCGCACCACAUCGCUCCGAGGAAAGCCAGUUUUACACAACACAGCGGAGCCAGCGAGACAGGGACAGAGCUGAGACACGGGCUUUAGGGGGCGGGGAUCCCUCCGCGGAUCGUUGCUGCCUGUGGAGACUUUCCUUCUACUUAAAAAAAAAUUAUGGACGAACACCCCGGCGGAGGAGGGGUCGGAACGAGUGCCCCACGACAGCCUCCGCCACCGCAGCAGCAGGGGAAUAACAGUAGUGCUAAUCCGCCAAUUGGAGGCGGUGGUGGCGGAGCAGUCAUGGUACCACACCAGCCCGAUGAGCUACCUCGGCCGCAGCAGCAGUACACAAUCCCCGGCAUCCUGCACUAUAUCCAGCAUGAGUGGGCCCGGUUCGAGAUGGAGAGGGCGCACUGGGAAGUGGAGAGGGCCGAGCUUCAGGCGAGGAUAGCCUUCUUGCAGGGGGAGAGGAAGGGCCAGGAAAACCUGAAGCAUGACCUGGUUAGAAGAAUAAAAAUGUUAGAAUAUGCAUUAAAGCAGGAAAGAGCAAAAUACCACAAGUUAAAAUAUGGAACAGAGCUAAACCAAGGAGAAAUGAAGAUGCCAAGUUUUGAAUCAGAGGACACCAAAGAUUCAGAGGUCUCUGCUGUUCAUGCCAACAGUCAGCUCACCUGGAAACAAGGAAGACAGCUGCUCAGACAGUACCUACAGGAAGUCGGAUACACAGACACCAUCCUGGACGUUCGUACUCAGAGGGUUCGCUCUCUGCUUGGCCUGUCGGGCUCAGAGCAGAAUGGAUCUGUGGAGAACAAGAACCUGCAGCACCUGAUCAAUGGGACCGAGCGCCGCAAGGACAAAAGGAGUCCAGGUGAUGUUCUGGAGACUUUUAACUUUCUGGAAAACACAGAAGACAGCGAUGAAGACGAUGAUGAGGAGGGGGACCUGAUGGAUGACAUCAGCACUGACAAACAUCACAGAGCCAAGAAACAUAAGACCAAGGUGGGAAACGAGGGCUUAGCGUCAGAGGAUGAUGCCGACACAGAGGAGGCUCUAAAGGAGUUUGACUUCUUGGUGACGGCUGAGGAUGGAGAAGGGGCGGGUGAGGCUCGGAGCUCCGGAGACGGGACAGAGUGGGCGGAGCCUCUACCAUUUCCUACUGGCGGGGGGAAGUCCUUCUUACUUGGGGGGUCAGAUGAUGUGUUGGAGAGCGUGCUGGGACUGGGUGACCUUGCCGACCUCACAGUCACCAACGAUGAAACAGACUAUGGCUAUGAUCUGCCGUCCAGUAAGGAGUCUUCGUUCAGGAAGACAUGGAACCCCAAGUACACGCUAAGGAGCCACUUCGAUGGUGUCCGAGCACUGGACUUUCACCCCGUUGAGCCCUGCCUGGUCACCGUGUCCGAGGAUCACACCCUUAAACUGUGGAACCUCACCAAGACUGUCCCUGCCAAAAAAAGUGCCUCUUUCGAUGUGGAACCGGUCUACACAUUCAGAGCCCAUGUUGGACCAGUGUUGUCAUUGGCGAUGACCUCCAGUGGUGAACAGUGUUUUAGUGGUGGUCUUGACGCAACCAUCCAGUGGUGGAACAUCCCCAGCUCAAAUGUUGAUCCCUACGACACUUAUGAUCCAAGCGUCCUGGCAGGUUCCUGGUUAGGACACACGGACGCUGUGUGGGGAUUGGCAUACAGCGGUAUCAAAAACCGCCUCCUGUCCUGCUCGGCCGACGGAACAGUGAAGCUGUGGAACCCAACAGAGAAAAACCCCUGCAUUAGCACUUUCAAUACAAACCAUGAGCAUGGGAUCCCCACAUCAGUGGACUUCAAUGGUUGUGACCCUGCUCACAUGGUGGCAUCCUUUAAUAGCGGAGACGUGGUUGUGUAUGACCUGGAAACUUCCCAGCAAGCACUUGUGCUCAAAGGACAGGGAGAUGGCACUCUGUCGGGGUCAAAUCAUAUAAAUAAGGUGGUGAGUCAUCCCACGCUUCCAGUCACCAUCACUGCUCAUGAAGAUCGACACAUCAAAUUCUUUGAUAACAAGUCAGGUAAAGUGAUUCAUGCCAUGGUGGCUCAUCUGGAUGCAGUGACCAGCCUGGCCGUGGAUCCAAACGGCAUCUACCUGAUGUCUGGCAGUCACGACUGCUCUCUGCGUCUGUGGAACCUAGACAGUAAAACGUGUGUUCAAGAGAUCACAGCUCAUCGUAAGAAGAGCGAGGAGGCCAUCUACGACGUGGCCUUCCACCCCUCCAAGGCCUACAUUGCCUCCGCUGGAGCCGACGCCCUUGCCAGAGUCUACGUAUAGACGAGGAAGAGAAGAUUUAAACAACAAAAAAAAGAAAAGGAAAAAGAGGAGAUGACCUCGAGGUGAGGGAUACAGAGACGGACAAAGAGAGAGAGGGGCUAGUCUGUACACAAACAGGAUUCAGGUCUGUUCAGGUCUCUGAACACAGAAUAUAUAUUAAUAUGAAAGACUGGAGCAUCUCCAACGGACAACCGAACAAACACACACAGGUUUCUUACACAAAUUUUUAAGUUAAGAGGUGGAGUGGUGUGAUCUCCCUACAGCUAAUUGAAGAGACAGCAGAAACGCGUUUAAUGAUCAACUUGGAGCAGCUUGCCUGAAACCCAUCUAGCCCCCCACAAAUCCCUAAGGUAGCUUUGACACUACAUGCCUGUCCCAUUCAUUAACACUACUGUGACUCCUGAUCCCAGACAGAAGAGCUGGAGCUGAGGGCAGACGUAAAGGAAAAAUCCCCCCAAAAUUAGACCUGGUCAGAGCUGGCCAAGGAAAGCAGCCUGACAUCUAGAUGAGUUAACCCAUCACUCUUUUAUUUCUUACUGUUGUCAUUUAGCAUCGUAAUGCGGUCAAAUGUAGCACAUUAAACUGUGGAAUCGUAGCACUACAGUCUACAUGUUGUGGGGACAUUUUUGCACCUUUCCCCUGUUUCUCCUUCUGUCCCACUGGACUCAAUGCUGAGAACUGAUUUUUACUCAUUUGGUAAAUGUUCAGGCGUGUCUGAGAGGAGACAGUUACAACUCGAAAAAUGGCCCUCGUGAGAAGUUGCCUGGAAUCUGUAUUGAAUUCACCCCCAUUUGGCUAAUUUUUCUCCAAUAACUCUAAGAACUCUACUUUCAAGGCAGUUCAGAGCAGGCUUGCAGUCCCGAACAGUUAUAAUUGGCUGCCAGUGUUUUCUCUAUGUUUGUUAUACAUUAUAAAAGCUCUAUUACUCCCCAGGUGUUGAAGCUUCAGUGGCAUAUGAAACCAAAUCUAAGCACAAUUGCAGUGCAGUAAGCAGUCUGCUCUCCCAGUCUGACACUUCACAUGAGGUGAUACAGCUAGAAAUGUCCAAGAGUGGAGCAUUCUAAUGAGUCUCCAAAGUCUGCACUUUCUCCUACUGUAAUCCAUUUAGUAGAGCUAACCACUAGUUUAACUAGCAAAAAUAUAGAGUAGCAAAGAAUUCGAGUUGAGUACAGUUUUGUACUGGCUCUCGCCUGCCUCAGGAGAGAGCAUAUGUAAAACAUCCUCUCAUUACACUGAUCUCCUGUCUAGACAAAACAGUCUGAAGAAACAAUUUUGACAUUUUCAUGGCUGUGCUAAGCUCUGGUAAAACAGGAAAAACUUAAACACCAGUGUCUUUGUUGUGCUUUGUACACACUGCUUCUUCACAGUGUUUACAUGGAGAAGAGUGUCUCUGUUCAGAUCUUUUUUUUGUGUGUGUCACAUGUCCUUGAUUGGCUGGAUUCAUGUGAAAGAAAACUGAAAAGCUACAAGCAAACAUCUGACCCAGGUUUCUGAAUGCAGCCAGCUACCUGCACAGAAACAAAAAAUUGAACUAUGUCAUAGACUAUCAUCAAUCUUUAAAUGCCGAAACACUGAAAAGUAGCAGCUAUUUAAGUUGAUUUUAGACGUUUGGCCUGUUCAAAAUGAUUCCCAAGUUGCAAAAAUACCUAGUAAUCAAGUGUUUUGUGUGUAGUCUAAUUCAUAUGUGCAUGAGUUUUAAGUGCAUUUUAAUUAGCUGCUCAAAAAACAUUUGCCAAUUUAUAAUCAUACAACAUCUAAGCUGUUCCACUGGUGAACAUUAUUCGAGAUGCCAGUGUCCCAACACAGGAAGCUGUAAGCUGUUCUAUGUAUCAUCCAUAGUAUGAUCAGAAUAGGGGUACUUGUGUCCAUGUAAACACUCCUCCUGUCACAACAGUGACAGUGAAAUCAUAUUAGCCACAUUAAACCCUGCUGUAAGACUGCCUGAGGAACUGUACUAAAGAGAAAGCCCGGAGGUUAAUCAGAUGUUGGAAUCACAUCUGAGGGGGAUUUUUCCUUUAAACCUUCAGAAACGUCAACCUGAGAACAGAACAUGUGAUGUUUGAACUUCUCUCUUUCACUUUUUAAUAAUUAAAUCUGAGCUAAAGCUUCUGCAAAGCAAGUUUUACAGUUUGUAAAUGGGGAAAAAUGAAGAAGAAAUAUGUUUUGAGCAAACAGAAUGGAUUUAAUAUCAGAUUUUCUUUUUGCCUCUGAGAAUGUUUUGGUGAGAAUGAAAGUUUGGUUAAUACUCACCGACCUCAGCCUCCUGCUGGGCCUAUCAGAGCCCCACGUUUAACAGUGUAACAAGCGGAGGAUUCAGCAUUACUGUAGUUACAUAUUUUUGUUUGUGUAAAACAAAUCUAGUUUUUAUAGUCCUUUUUAAUUCUUUUUAAAAAUCCACAAUAUAGUUACUGCCACAAUGGAUGACCCAUCAACCAAAAACCUCACCUCAGUCUGAUAUGUCAAGACGUCUGGCUUCAGUUUUGGGCCCUGAUCUCAAAUCAUGUAAAGACAGGAACUGCUGCUGCUGAGUGUUGAGACAGCUGAGGAGAGGGCCAGCUGUAUCUGUUAGUGUCUGUCCUGAUGUUAAAUAUCAACCUUUAAUAUACAUUUGUCCAUUCGAGCUAAUGUCUAACAUGGCACACAUUCCAGUGUGAAACAGCAGCUUAUCACAGUGAUAAGGUGUUUGCUCCAGAGGGUAGAGCAUGCAAGUCCAAUAUCAUCAACUGAAAGACUCUAAGCACAAGAUGCAUUUUAAUUACUCCACAGUGAAACCCUUGCGUCUUUUACACAACAGCCUUGGCAUGUUAACUAUUAGCUUUGUCUUAUGCUAGAAUUAGUUUUAAAAAGUUACAUUUUUAAAAGACUUAUUUGGCAUAAGAAAGUUACAUUUAUAUGCCAACUUAAUGCUGGUGUAAGACAGAACUAAUUAUGUCCUUUAAAGAAAUGUACAAACAAAAUUAAUUUGCAUAGAAAAUGUAACCCAAGCAUACAAAUGCAGACCUAUGAAUAAAUGCAAGGUGCCAAAUGCUUACUAAGUCAUUCUGUUCAUUCUAAUUUACACUGCAGUAUCUAGUCUUUGUCACUGCAGCCGAUAAAAUCACUGGGGGAAAAAAAAGCCUGACCAACUCCUUCAUAGGCCAGUCUUAUAUGACCUUGUUUAUGCAGACUGGAUAAAAUGACGUGAGGUCAUAGCAAAAAGGUUUUACAGGUGAGAACUUCUUGAACUACAAAUACACAACUUGCUGAAAUGAUGCCUUUUCCUCACAGUCAAUAUAUUUGACAUCUAAUUAGCUCUGUUUGUUUGUUUUGUUGGUUUGUUUUUUAAGAAAUGAACUUUUAAAAUCUUGUGUACACUGUACACAUGAGCAGUUUGUUAUAGUAUAAUACAGCUGCCAUAAAGAUCAUUUUGUUAUGGCUGUAAUUUUUUUUGUUGAUAUCAUCUGAAGGGAGGUCAUGGUUAUAAACUACAAAAUAUCAUCAGGUUGAGAGGUGUUUCUAAUAUUCUGACCCAUCAAAAGUAGUUUUUUUAUUAUAUUUUCUGUACACUCACUUGUGUCAGAGUUCCACAUUUUAUAUGUUGAACCCACAGAACUGACUCAUUUGUAUACGCGUACACACUCUUACACAUGCAAGUAUGCAUUUUUGACACUAUCACUAAGUGGAAUAUUCUGAUAUUUGUGAAGACAGAUCUUACAGCAAGGCAGCUGUACUGAACACCAUCCGUGUUUAGGUACCUAUAAUAAAGUGGUCACUGUGGGGGGUUAUUUUGCUUUGUUUUGUUUUUUAAAAUUUGUUGAUUAGUAAUAAGCAAAUCUAAUUUAUGUAAAAACAAGUUUUGUCCUCAAACAGGUCAAAGAAUAGUUUGAUGUACACAGAUUUGAACACAGGGCUGCUCCAGUUAAAGGCCAACUUCCAAUAACAAACCAGCAAAUAAUUGGUUUAAUGAGCUGGGAAAUGGUACCUGAAUGCAGCACGAGCUCAGUUCGAGUGUGAACAGGUGAAGUUACAGCUUUGUUUGGUUCAGGCUGAGACUUCUGCUCCUCCACCUCCAUCAUAUCGCUUCAAUCUUUGAAAAGCUGCUGUCUCACUGGCUGGCCCACAGGGGGAAGUCUAAUUUGUUGUUCUGGUUUGUUACGAUCCACAGUUUUAUUAUUAUAUAAUUUUUUUUUCUUUUAUUUUCACCAAUGCUACAGUUUACUGUGUAACUCUCGUUUGUGUAAUGCAUGAUUAAUACAAUAAAAUAUUUUUUUUAGUCUUCCGAAAAAUGAAAAAAAAAAUUCUGUUUGCGAGAUUUGAUGAGUUUUGUGUUUUGUUUUUUAUUUACAAACUAUGAACAGCAGAUUUUAAAGGCUGUACCACAUAGAAUACAGCUGUUGAAAUGUACAUAAAAUGUCUAUAAUAACUAUUAAACUGUGUACCUGUACAAAA